CACCUAGGAGGGAACCCCACCACCACUAGAGCCACAAUGCAACACGGAGUGAAACGUACAAAUCUUACCGAGGAGGCUAAGAAGGCCAAACUUGAACGGGACAGGGCCAAGAUCGUCGCGUACCGCAGCUCGACCACAAAGCUCCUUGACCAGUACCACAAGGACGUGUACACGUUGGAAACGCUCGAUCUCACCACCGACGUGCUAGCCCUUAACCCGGAACUCUACACCGCCUGGAACUACCGGAGAGAAAUCUUGUUGAAGCUCAUCCCGCACACGUUGACCAAGAAGGAUGCCUUGGAGCAGGACCUCAAGUUGGUCAUGCACCACCUCAAACGGUUCCCCAAGUGCUAUUGGGUCUGGAACCAUCGGAGUUGGUGCUUGCACCAGCUCUCCCUCACGGGUGAGGCCAACUGGGCGUACGAGUUGGCCAUCGUGUCGAGGUUGUUGGAGAUGGACAGUCGGAACUACCAUGGGUGGCAUUACCGUCGGUAUGUGGUGUCCAACAUGGAGCGUGAGUCCGCGGCAGCUGCUGCUUCCCCUGAGUCCGAACGCAAGCUGUUGUUGGACCUUGCCAUUACCGAGUACGAGUACACCACGUCGAAGAUCAACAAGAACAUCUCCAACUUUUCUGCAUGGCACAAUCGGUCGAAACUUAUCCCUCAACUCUAUCUCUUGUACACCCAGGUUGUUGCCUCCAAUUCCGCAGGGGGGCUCUCGGCAACACCCACCUCUAUAGAUCUGAUUUUCCGUAGCCCGUACGACAUACUCAUGCAUGAGCUCGAGCUUGUCAAGACAGGGAUGUACAUGGACGCUGAGGACACUUCUGUUUGGUCCUAUUUGCAAUGGUUGGUCCUGGACCCGCUUUUUGUGGACUCGGCACGGCUGGCCACGGACCAUCACGCCUCGACGUACGUUCAGAUUCUCGAGGGUCAACUCAAGACCAUCACCGAGUUGAAUGAACUUGAGAAGGACGACCAUCCAGACGGUCACGACAAUGUAUGGUGUUUGAAGAGCAUUAUCUUCCUCAAGGGCCUACUAUUGAAGGAGAAUGGGGGUGUAGAUGAAGCUUCUGAACGCGAGAUCCGGUCGAUGCUUGAGACUUUGGUUGAAAUUGAUCCAUUAAGAAGAGGGAGGUAUCUUGACCAGAUCAAAGCUUAG